CAGCUGGAAGUCAGUUCACCUUUUCGUUUUAUUUAGACGGUUGUGUUUAUUUUUUGGAAAUUUUUUUCUAAAUUCAAUACUCAGAAUUUCGGACUGUUUAAAUUCAAAAUAAAAAUUAAAACCAAAAAAAUUUUGCAAAAUGUUUGCCCUCAAAUCUUUGGUGAGACGUGGGACGAUGAGCAAGUUCCCCAGCUUGCGGGCUAUGGUUUCACAGCGUAUGAAAUCGAAAAAAUGUGAACCAAAGUUAGAAAGUAUUUGUCCAAAGAAGUUUGAUGGCUUCCCAUGCGGAAAGCCAGAUCUUAUGUUGGUCCCACCGCCAAAGGUCAACGAAAGAAGGAUAUCUAAGCCGCCGUCCAUAUGGUUGAAUCCCUUCUGUGACGAGGAAGCUGUGUACUGUCCAUUCAAUCCGCGGUUUGAUGACAUCUACUACGUUGAAUCGGAUAAGGCUAAGCGCAAGUACUGGCAAACCUGGGUCUCCUGCCCCCCGGUACAGCUCAAGAAAAAGAAGAUUUGCUGCUUUGAAAAGGCUAAGGCUGCACCACUGAGGCGCCGCAAGAGCCGCAAGCCCAAAACAGCUUGCCCACAGCCCGAAAAUUGCGAUUUUAAGGAAAGCCUCGACUGCCCGCGCUUUAAGCGUCGCUGUCACCGAGCGGGUCGCAUUCCCCCCGACUGUUUAAAGACGAAAAGGCCACUUAUUUGCACAAAGCCUCUAACACCAUAUCCAGCUUUCUCCGAAUGCGUGCGAAUGAAGCCCAAUGCUUUGCCGUUAAGCGAGUGCAUCUGCUGGAAGAAACCCAUGCUCUGUGAGGCCUGGGCUGAGUGGCGUCGUCGCAGCAUGAGAAAAACGAUGAGAUAGGACUCGGUGCUGAUCAGGACAAAGGCGUGCUUUCUUGGAUUAAUAAAUAAAACCAGCUUCAAAACAUGUCAAAAAAAAAUGUGUAGCCAUAUUUUGGUAAACAGAUAAAGACACGCCGUCACGUAAAUAA